GCCAACGUAACUUGUAACCAGUCCAACAUAGACGCCUGAUCGUUCCGCACCGGUUCGAAAUUCAAAAAUUGAAAUAUAGUCGUCUAAAUUUUUUUUUAUAGAUUAAAAAAUGUAAAGCUGGCUGUUCACGAUCUAUAGGGUUUUAUUUAUAGAAAUCUGGUUUUGUUUGUGCGUUUUAUUGCAUAGGAUGCGCUGCAUAGGCUGUUGAAGAUGAUUCGAUUGAUAAGUCAGGUAUUACUCGUAGCAGCUGCUGUAUUAACAACUGCAGAAUCAGAAGGCGACAAUGAAUCCAUUUUAUCCUCAGUACUUCUACCGUCAAACCAAAUCCGAUCAGUGAGAAGUUACUACGAACGUUACGGCUACGGCCGACCCUACGACAGAGACGACAGACCAUCACGAUGCGGCCGAUGUGACGACGAUGAUGAUGAUGAUACUGAUGAUAGACGAUCAAACAAACCAACACAUGGCAGUAGAUACGAUAGAAACAGAAACGAUGAUGAUGAUGACAAACGCUACAGUGAUAGACGUAGCAGCAAAAAUGAGACAGACGAUCAAAGCGACGAUAAACAUAGGGACCACGAUGAGAAAGACAGGGACAGAGGACGGGACAGACCGAGGAACAAACACAGGAAUAGAUAUGACGACAGGGAUAGAUAUAGCCCAGAUUAUUAUGACAGGUUUUUAAGGGAUAGAGAUAGAUAUGACGAACCCUAUCCUCGCCGACCGUUGUAUGAAAGAAACCCUUACCCAGAUCGUUAUGAUGACUAUGGACGGUAUGGUUAUUCUGGAUAUCGACGACCGUAUUAUGAUGAUAGAUAUGAUAGAGGCGCUUAUGAUGAUGGUUAUGGAGGAUAUGGCCCAGGAACUGGUGGUGGACCGCAUGAUAGUUUCAGACCAUGGGAUGAAACAUAUCGUGGCCAAGCAGGCUGGGAUGCUGGUGGUCGAGGGUACUACUUCGCGUCAGGUAGACCUGACUCCACGGCGUGGACGCAGAGGGAUUAUGCAAGACCGCAAUCAUCUAGUUGGCAGAACGUUGGCUACCAAAGCAACCCCACUUACUCCGGCGGUUACUCCAACGGUUACUCCAGCGGUUACUCCGGUUACGCCACGGGUUCCCGGGACCCGUACCGCGCGGUCGGUUAUCAGGAUGGUUACGGUCAGAGUGGUUGGCGCAAUGUUGGUGAGCGCCGACCUUAUAGGGAUGAAAGUUCCUACACUGGUAACUUCGGCAAAGACCCCUAUGGAUCGAGUUUUGGUUACCAAGAUGUGGUCUAUGGUCAGUCUAUCAGGAAUGUAGGAGAACGCCGUCCUUAUAGGGAUGAGAGCGGGGUAACAAAACUAGACAGCCAAGACAGAUACAACAGGGCGACUUAUCAGCCAAGUUCGUACCAACCAUCUAGCUUCAGUCAAAGCACUACUCCAGAAACCAGCUACCUUCAUCAGAGAGACGACCAACUGGUCAAAGUAGAAGAUUCUACGCAAGCUCAAUAGUUAUUUUAAAUGUAAUAUAAUGUCUUAGUAUCUUCUUGUGUUUGUACUCGAGUAUUGUUUGGAAAUUACAGGUAAGGGAUUUUAAAAGAGAUUUAUUGAUUACCAGCUUACCGCCCGCGGCUUCGCCCGCUUUGUCUAAAACCUAAUAAAUUAUAUACUAAAACCUUCCUCUUGAAUCACUCUAUCAAUUGAAAAAAACUGCAUCAUAAUCCGUUGCGUAGUUUUAAAGAUUUAAGCAUGCAAAGGGACAUAGGGACAGAGAAAGCGAUUUUGUUUUAUACUAUGUACCUAGUGAUUGAGUGUUUUAAAUGUGGUAUGAAAAAAAUCAAAAUACUUAUUAGAUUGCUACAUAAUACGGUAUCACUGAUAUUUGUCAAAAUACAAGUGUUCGUUAAUUGACUUACUUGACUUAUGUUCCUGUGUCCCCUACAUCCACAGUGCUCCGCUAGGUGUGUCUAUCGAGAGAUUCCCUUUUGAUCUCGCUCCAAGUUUUCCCGAUUUUCUUGGCUUCUCUUGGCUUUUCUUGACUUGGUUCGUAAAUUCGUAGUACCUAAUUACAUACAAUUAAUUAAUUAAAUUUAAUAUAGAUUUAAGAACACACAUUUGGUAAUUCCCCAAUCUUUUACUUACGUCAGUUUGAUGAAAUCAAUGUGAAUUACCUACUGAAUUUAUGGAAGUAAACAGUUUUCAAAAUAAUUUAGUUUUUUUUAUUUAGGUAACAUAAAAUUUUGCAAGAUUUUUUAAAGUGAUUAAAAAAAUAAUAAUUAAGACCUUAUUUUAAUUAUUAUUGGGGAGCAAUUUAUCAUGACGAGGUUUCCCAAUUCUAUAAUAAAAUACACAUUUUUAUAUUUCUACUUCAUAUUUUAAGUUUUAGUUGUAUUUUAUCAUAAAUGUGUCAUUUAUAAUAUAUUAAUAAUUAUUAAGC